CCGGCCCCGGGGGAGAGCCGGCUAGCUCUCCCGGCCUCAGAGGCGCAAUCGCCGCGAUCCCGCCCUCCGGGCGCCGGCCCAGCGCCGCGGCCAUGCCCAGCUCGGAGCUGUGGGCGGUGGACCUCCUCGGGCGGGUGCUCACGCUGUCCACGGCCGGGCGGCUCUGGGAGCUGCGCCGGGACGCGCGGCUGGAGUUCAAGCGGGUCAGCGCGGCCGCGCCGUGCUGCUGGGGCAUCGCCUGCGACAACCAGGUGUACGUGCUCGUGGGCGCCAGCGACGUCCCCAUCCGCUGCCGGGAGGAGGCCUAUGAGAAUCAGCGCUGGAACCCCGUGGGCGGCUUCUGUGAGACGCUCCUGCCGAGCGACCGCUGGCCGUGGAGCGACGUGAGUGGGCUCCAGCACCGGCCGCUGGAUGGGGUGGCGCUGCCCUCGCCGCAUUGGGAGUGGGAGUCGGACUGGUACGUGGAUGAGAAUUUUGGAGGGGAACCCACAGAGAAAGGGGGGUGGACAUAUGCCAUUGACUUCCCCGCCACGUACACGAGGGACAAGAAGUGGAAUUCCUGUGUGCGGCGCCGGAGGUGGACCCGGUACAGGAGAUACAAGUCCCGGGACACCUGGGCCAAGAUCCCAUCGGAGGAUGACCCCCAGCGGUUGCCUGACCCCUUCAGCGACCUCUCUGUGGGGGGCUGGGAGAUCACAGACGAGCCCGUGGGCCGCCUGUCCGUGUGGGCCGUGUCUCUGCAGGGGAAGGUGUGGUACAGAGAGGACGUCAGCCACCCCAACCCUGAAGGCUCGUCGUGGUCGCUGGUGGACACCCCGGGGGAGGCGGUUCAGAUCAGCUGUGGGCCCCACGACCUGCUGUGGGUGUCGCUCUGGGAGGGACAGGCCUUGGUCCGGGAAGGAAUCAACAGGAACAAUCCCAAAGGAAGUUCGUGGUCCGUGGUGGAGCCUCCCACGUCUGAGAACGGGAUCCUGCAUGUCUCCGCGGGAGUCGGUGUCGUCUGGGCCGUCACCAAGGACCGGAAGGUUUGGUUCCGAAGAGGCGUCAACUCCCACAAUCCCUGCGGCACCAGCUGGAUCGAGAUGGUUGGGGAGAUGAUGAUGGUGAACGUGGGGCUCAACGACCAGGUCUGGGGCAUCGGCUGGGCGGACCGGGCCUUGUACUUCCGUCAGGGCGUCACCCAGAGCGAGCUCAGCGGGAAGACGUGGAAGGCCAUCGUCGCCGGCCGGGAGUGUGACGGCUCACGCUCAGGCAGCUUGUCUAGCCUCCUCAGCGCCGGCUGCUUCUUUGGCGACGAGGUGCGGGAUGGCGGCGAGUCCCGUGUGCCAAGCGACUCAGAGGCCAAGAGAGCCGGGCCUGACCCUGAGCGUGAUGUGGAGGUCGCCGGCCCUGCCUCCGCCCCGGCCGAGCCGCCCUGGACCAACAUCGACCUGAAGGAGCCCAAGAAAGGGCCCAGCCACGCGGCCGCCGACAUUCCCAAGGCCACCAACCUCUCCUCGCUGGCACUUCUCCCGCUGGGCCCGGAGGAGCCCGACAGCGCCGACUGCCAGGCGCUGUGGGCCUGGGUGUCCGGAGGAGGCUGUGCCGUGGAGGCCCACACCACACUCAAGUGGUUCACCGUCCACUCGGGCCCGUCCGCCUCCACGCAGAUGCCCUCGCUGUCCAUCACGCCGGCCCAGACCGCCGCCUGGCGGAAGCAGAUCUUCCAGCAGCUCACAGAAAGGACCAAGCGGGAGCUGGAGAACUUCCGCCACUACGAGCAGGCCGUGGAGCAGUCGGUGUGGGUGAAGACGGGGGCCCUGCAGUGGUGGUGCGACUGGAAACCCCACAAGUGGGUGGACGUCCGUGUGGCCCUGGAACAGUUCACGGGCCACGAUGGGGUUCGGGACAGCAUCCUUUUCAUCUACUACGUGGUCCACGAGGAGAAGAAGUACAUCCACGUGUUCCUCAACGAGGUGACAGCGCUGGUCCCCGUGUCCAGCGAGGCCAAGCACUCCUUCGCCGUGUACACCCCCGAGAGGACACGGCAGAGGUGGCCUGUGCGCCUGGCCGCUGCCACCGAGCAGGACAUGAGCGACUGGCUCGCCCUGCUCGACCUGUCCUGCUGCGAGAGCCGCGGGGUGCACGGCCGCCCCUCCCCGCAGGCCAUCUGGUCCGUCACCUGCAAGGGGGACGUCUUCGUGAGCGAGCCCAGCCCAGACCUCGAAGCCGCCGAGCACUGGCUGCCCUGUGACCAGAUGUUCUGGCGGCAAAUGGGAGGCCACCUGCGGGUGGUGGAGGCCAACAGCCGGGGCGUGGUGUGGGGCAUCGGCUACGACCGCACGGCCUGGGUGUACACGGGUGGCUACGGCGGAGGCUGCUUCCAAGGCCUGGCCAGCCGUACCAGCAACAUCUACACGCAGUCGGACGUAAAGUGUGUCUACAUCUACGAGAACCAGCGCUGGAACCCCGUCACGGGCUACACCAGCAGGGGUCUGCCCACCGACCGGUACAUGUGGAGUGACGCCACGGGCCUGCAGGAGUGCACCAAGGCCAGCACGAAGCCCCCGUCCCUGCAGUGGACCUGGGUUUCUGACUGGUUCGUGGAUUUCAGCGUCCCUGGGGGCACCGACCAGGAGGGGUGGCAGUACGCCAGCGACUUCCCUGCCUUGUACCACGGGCACAAAACCAUGAAGGAUUUCGUCAGGAGAAGGUGCUGGACCAGAAAGUGCAAGCUGGUGACCAGCGGGCCCUGGCUGGAGGUGGCCCCCAUCGCCCUGGCGGACGUGUCCAUCAUUCCGGAGAUCCCGGGUGCCCACGGGAGCGGGCCCGGCAUCGCGCUCUGGGCCAUCAGUGACAAGGGGGACGUGUUGUGCCGCCUGGGCGUGUCCGAGCUCAACCCCGCGGGCUCCUCCUGGCUGCACGUGGGCACCGACCAGCCCUUCGCCUCCGUCUCCGUCGGGGGCUGCUACCAGGUGUGGGCCGUGGCCAGGGACGGCUCUGCCUUCUACCGUGGCUCCGUGUCCCCGUCCAAGCCGGCUGGUGACUGCUGGUACCUCAUCCCGUCUCCUCCCAAACAGAGACUGAAACAGGUGUCCGUGGGGCACACAGCGGUGUUCGCCUUGGACGAAAACGGGAACCUGUGGUACCGCCAGGGGGUCACACCCAGCUACCCGCAGGGCACCAGCUGGGAACACGUGUCCAACAACGUGCGCCACGUGUCCGUGGGGCCCCUGGACCAGGUCUGGGUCAUCGCCAACAAAGUCCAGGGGAGCCACAACCUGAGCCGGGGAACUGUGUGUCGCCGCACGGGUGCGCAGCCGCUGGAGCCCAAGGGGCAGGGCUGGGACUACGGCAUCGGAGGGGGCUGGGAUCACCUGUCUGUCCGGGCCAGUGCCACCAGGGCCCCCAGGAGCUCGUCCCAGGAGACAGCCGGCGAGCAGAGAAGGGAGCAGGGCCUCCCCAGUGAGCCCUCGAAGGUGGCCGGUGCCCCGCAGGAGACCCCCAAUACCGUCUGCUGCUGAGGCCGCUUCCCCUCACCUGGAGCAGGUGUGAUGCUGGGUUUGAAGGACCAAGGCUGAUGCAAGCCUUCCUGUCGGGAGCUGUUCUCGUGCUGAACGUGCUGAAACGUGGAUGCCGGAGCGGUAGCUCCAGGCUGACUCGAGACUGGGGAGGGAACCUGGCCUGAGAUCAUGGCCACCUUGGAGGCACUGAAACAACCCAGAAAUGUGAAGCUCUGUGGACGCUGUGUGUUCCCGGCUGCGAGGAGAACGUGGGGUGUGCGGCGCAGACCCCUUCUCCCCGGCCUCUCCUGCCAGUCCCUUCCCUCUCUGCCUCCUCCCUUUCCAGGACGGGAGCCUGGAGCCUUCCAGGAGCACUGCCCCUGGGGAAGAGAGCCCC